AUGUGUGGGAGCUACCACGGCUUUAUAGCUGACGAUCCUAGAGCCAUUUGCCCAGAGUGCAAAUAUACUCUCUCUACCGAGGUGCCUUAUGUUGCAGCACAGGCUAUCACCGAAGGAUCAUCUGCUGGUGGUGGUGGUGGCGGAGGGUAUGUGAAAGAUGUUGUUACAUACAUGAUAAUGGAUAAUUUGGAAGUGAAGCCUAUGUCUACCAUAUCGUGUAUAGCUAUGUUGAACAGGUUCAAUGUUAAGGAGGUUGGUACCCUUGAAGAGAGGAUGGUUCUUCUAGGCAUGGAUGAGGGUCUGAAAUUGCUCAAGGCAUCAUUGGAGUCUAACGCAGUUCUUACCAGUGUCUUCCUUGGGAAGAAAGAGGAGUAA